UACAUAUACAAAUAUAUAAAUAUAGGAAAAAUGACUGAGUUUUUACUUGACACUGAUCCUGUGAGCAAUGUAUUAAAACGAAUUGCUAAAGAAAGGAAUUGGUCAGAAAAAGAAGUUGAAGAAGAUCUCUCUAUUUUAAACAAAAAUCGUAUUUCUACUAUUAAUGACUUGAGAUCAUUAUCAAAAGAGAGUUGGACUCAAAUUGAAUUACUUCCAUUGGUAAAAGACCUUUUAAGGCAUAGUAUUGAUCCUGAAUGGUCUUCUAAAGAUGAAAAUAAUAAAAUGUCAAAAGUGAAUGAUCAAGUGGAAGAAAAGGAAGACAAGAAAAAGGAUAAAAAGAAAGACAAGAAGGAAAAGAAGGAAGAUAGUGGAGAUAAAAAGAAGAAAAAGAAAAACAAAGGUUUUAAGAGCCCUUCUUCACUUGGUACACCUGUUGUACCCGUUAUCUUAAACCCACGAGCUUCUUCUUUGAUUCAAGAAUUGAAUGAAGAAACAAGUCGAUGUAAUUUAAAUGAUACAGUCAACCAAGAUCACUUAACCAUUCAGAAUACGAUACGUAAUGGUAACACAAUCACUCCCUCCACUUUGUUAUCAUCUUCACCAACAUCGUUAUCAGCACAAUCAUCAUCAGAUGAGGAGAAUGAGGAAGAAGGAGAAAGAGAGGAAGAAGAGAAAGAAAACGAAAAAGAGGAAAGAGAUGACAGUGAACCUAUAUCACCUUCUAAUAAUAGUCCCAUUCGUAGAAAGAGUGUUUCUUUUUCUAACGAAACAUCUAUUGGAAUAGCAGCAAGCGAAAAAAAGGGUAAUAAUUUAAAUGAGAAGGAAAAGAAGAAGGAAAAGAAGAAGGAUAAAAAAGAUAAAAAAAAAGAUAUGGCAAGUAUCAACAAAUAUAAUAGUAGUGGUUACAGCAGUUUUAUCAGUCAUCCUUAUACUAGUCAUCCUAUAGUGAAAUUCAGGAAAAUGAAAAUGAAGCAUUGCAAGCGUUUACCGCCUGUACCUGCAAAUGAUCAAUUUUUACAAGGCAUCCAUGAUAAAUUAUUAUCAGCAACAAAAGGAAAUUAAUGUGUGUGUGUGUGUGUGUAUUU